AGGCGUCUUCGGCCGUGGCUUCUGUCAACCGUCCCUCUCACGUCUUUCUCUUAGCAAAUGGCCGAUAAGCUGUUGUGUGCGAUCUAGAAAUCCGCCGUUUGCGUAUUAGUUCUAACAGGUACAGUUCAAAAGAAUAUAAAGUUCAAUUAUGUCUGAUACAUGGGCAGAGGAAGUAGGGGCUGCUCCAGCCGCAAUCUCGGGAAAUGUUAUUCCUGAGAUAAAACUCUUCGCAAAAUGGAACUGCGACGACGUCCAAGUUUCGGACAUGUCGCUUCAAGAUUACAUUGCCGUUAAAGAAAAGAAUGCUAAGUACCUGCCCCAUUCCGCAGGUCGUUAUGCGGCCAAACGUUUCCGCAAGGCGCAAUGCCCCAUUGUGGAAAGAUUGACCAACUCAUUGAUGAUGCAUGGCAGAAACAACGGCAAGAAAUUGAUGGCCGUUCGUAUCGUUAAACACGCAUUUGAAAUUAUUCAUUUGCUUACCGGAGAAAAUCCUCUGCAGGUUCUGGUUACGGCCAUUAUCAACUCUGGCCCUCGUGAAGAUUCUACUCGAAUUGGUAGAGCCGGUACAGUAAGGAGACAAGCUGUCGACGUCUCGCCUUUGAGGAGAGUGAACCAAGCCAUUUGGUUGCUUUGCACUGGAGCUCGUGAAGCUGCUUUCAGGAACAUCAAAACCAUUGCUGAAUGCUUAGCUGAUGAGUUGAUCAAUGCUGCUAAGGGUUCAUCUAACUCGUAUGCCAUCAAAAAGAAGGAUGAAUUGGAGCGAGUUGCCAAAUCCAACCGUUAAAAGAAUAGAUGUAAUGUAAUAAAAUAUAGGAAAUCAUAUGAAAUGUAUGCUUUGCUGUAUUUUAUUACGGAAAAUAAAGUUUUUUAAGAUCCAA